AUGACAUGGGGAUCAGCUGCAAGGGAUCAGGCGGAUGCCUCCAACGACAUCAACCCAGACGCGCACGGAUCGCUCAUCGCCAACGGAGCUCUAAUGGAAUGCCCAUCAUACUGUUUUGUUGAGGAGAAUAAGGUGAUGUCUUCUUAUGGAUUAUACCAUGUUGAGCACAUAGCUCGGAAAAAGAACACUUUUCGAUGGGAACCAGACAUGGAACAGUUUGUCAAUAAACUAUUUCGGAAAAAAAUAAGUGUCAAGAUUAGAAACUUCAUGAAUCGAGCAAAGAAAAAAAUGAAGAAGCCCUCACAUGUGACAAUUGAAGACUGGGAUUUAAUGAAAGUUAAUUUCAUGGGAAAUGAGUACAUGAAUAAGUGUAUAAAGGUGCAGACUCAAAGAUUGAAGUACACCAAAGUAGGUGGAGCAGCAUACUGUGGGGGAUCAAUAAAUGCAAAUGAGCAUCGGAAAAUAUUGGCUAUUCAACUUAAAAGACAGUCCACUGUCUUAGAGGUUUUCCAAAGGACAUUUCAAAAGAAAAUUGGGGUUGGACUGAAAAUUUUUGAGCAAGUGAAACAAACUCAAGAAUCACUGCCAGAAGGAGAACGAAAAAGCGAUUAUGAUCUUUGGAUUGAAGCGACUGGAGGUCCCACAAAUGAAAGAGUGUUUGGACUAGAAGCUUUAGUUGCAGCACAAGAAGUGAAAAUUGUAGCUCAAGAAGAGGAAAUUAAAUCUAACAAGGAAGAGAUUAAAGCUCAAAAGGAACAGAUAACCGCUCAGGACGAAGAGAUUGGGAAUUUAAAGGUAAAACAAGAAAGUCUUACGGAAGACAAUAAAGAGCGUGACCAAAAAAUGAAUACAAUGAGUGAGCAGUUGGCAAUGUUAAUGAGGAUAUAUGAUAACUCAGGUGUAUACAUGUCCGGUGGGUUUUCCCUUACCUAG